CGCGCAUUUAUGGACCCAUGGUAGCGUAGGGUAGGGUAGCCUAGCUUGCCAUCAUUGCAAUUUACUCGUUAAAUGAUCAUUAGGACGUCAUUUGCUUCGGCUAAUCGAAGGUUACCACAGCGUAAGACGCCUAGGCGCGUGCUGGACCGCGACGUCCGAGAAGAGAAGUCCACGCCCUUUGCCUGUCUAUAUAUAUACGCCGCCUCGCCGCGUCGCGGGCCGCCGGGUUUUGUGAGCGAAGCAGGCGUACGGGGGAGAGGAGGAGCAGAGCAAUGCCGCGCCGCAAGGUCUCGAAGGGGCUCAUCGCCAACCGGCGGGUGCGCGCCUCCACGUUCGCGAGGCGGGCGGAGGGGCUGAAGAAGAAGGCGCGGGAGCUCGCCACGCUCUGCGGCGUCCCCGUCGCGCUCGUCUGCGCCGACGGCGAGGGCGGCGCGGCGGACGUGUGGGAGUCAGAGGAGGGCGUCAUCGCAAGGUACCGCGCCCUGCCCGCGGAGGAGCGCGCGAGGCACACGCACCGGCAGUACGCCGAAGACGGGCUGGGCAAGGAGGAGGCCAAGCUCGCCAGGGUGCGGCAGGGGGGCCCCGCCGCGCUCGUGCCGUGGGACAAAGCGCUGGACGGCGUCACGCUGGAGGAGGCGGAGGGGCUGCUCGGGUCCGUCGACGCGGCGCUGCGGGCCGCGAACGACAGGCGGAGGGCGCUGGGUCUGCCGGUCGACGACAACGGCGCCGGCCUGCUCGAGGGGAUCGCGCCGCUCGGGCGUGGUUCUCCCCCGUGCGUCGAAAGCAACUUCGUGGGCGUCGACGGCUACGUGCACGCGCCCGGCAACGGCGGCGAGCAGAUCAUGUGGGACAAUGGCUUCCAGCCGUGCCGCACCGGCGCCUCCAUGAUGCAGCCAGCUGGGUACGGCUUCCAGCAAUGCACCAGCAACAUGGACGACUACCACCUGCAGAGGAUGCCGGACAUGUACGGCACCAACCGGCUCGUGUGGGACGCCUUCCAGCCACGUGAUGCCGGCAUGACGCAGCCCGGGUACGGCUUCCAGAGCACCGGCAGCACCUAUGUCGGCAUGCCUGGCUAUCAGACGCAACAGUUGCGCAGUGUCCAACCCAAUCUGGCCAUGUGGAGCACCAACGAGCCGAGCAACGCCAUCGUGCCAGCCGGGUACCCUUCCUUCGACAUCGGCCUCAGCUACAUGGACUCACCCGCGAAGCACGCUGGUCAGGGCAUCGGCGGCUGCUACCUCUCCAUGGGCGCCAGCGGCAACUUCAUCAACGCAGCACCAGCCCAGUCCCUCUCUAUGGGCACCGGCGACAACUUCACCAACACAGCAACUGCCCAGCCCCUCGCCACGAGCUAUGGUGACAACCUGAUGAAUGCCAGUGGCUGCACGACACACUGGCCGGCCCCGCAGCUCCAGCGCGCCGGCACCAGUCAGCAGUCCAGCCUCGAGCAGCUGCAUUACCUCAGCGACCUGGAAGACGCACAGCUGCAGCCCUGGGGGAACUGAUCUUUCCUUCCAUGCGUCCUCUACACUCUAGUAAGUAGUAAGUAGCGCCAUAGAGCAAUUUUGACUGACAGACGUCUGGCAAACUUCUAUCAGCUCAGCAGCUCACCUUGGAGAAUAUCCGGCAACCUCUGCUUGGUCGACGGAUAGAACAGUUUUCUUAGCCUGUAGGAGAUCUGGCAAUUUUGUUGUUUUUCUGCCAGGAUGAAUGGAUGAUAUAGGAGCUUUGUUA